GGCUGGGUCUAUUCUAAAAUGGCGCUUGAGAGCGCAGGUUUGUUUUCCAUGGGUGUAAAGUAUGUUUAAGUGCAUUAACAGGACAGCCCAGUGUUCGAGAUACCUCCAGUCAGCAGGCACCGGUUUCUGUCUCAAUCAAGGUUUUAGCAGGCUGGUGUCAUCCUUGCCACUCAGAAUGACCGACCCGGCUGUGCAGAGGGUGGUUAGAGACAUAAUUCGCUCUCCAGAGGACAAACGGGUUUACAGGGCCCUGGAGUUUACCAAUGGCCUGAAGGCCAUGCUCAUCAGUGACCCAACCACAGAUAAAUCCUCAGCUGCUUUGGAUGUCCACAUAGGUUCAUUAUCGGACCCAGGGAAUAUCUCGGGCCUGGCACACUUCUGUGAGCACAUGCUGUUCCUGGGAACAGAGAAGUAUCCCAAGGAGAAUGAAUACAGCCAGUUCCUCAGCGAGCAUGCAGGCAGCUCCAAUGCCUUUACUAGUGGAGAGCAUACCAACUAUUACUUUGAUGUGUCCCAUGAGCACCUGCAAGGCGCACUAGAUAGGUUUGCCCAGUUCUUCCUGUGUCCACUGUUUGAUGAGAGCUGUAAGGACAGAGAGGUGAAUGCUGUGGACUCGGAGCACGAGAAGAACCUAAUGAAUGAUGCCUGGAGGCUGUUUCAGCUGGAGAAGGCCACUGGCAACCCUAACCACCCCUUCAGUAAAUUUGGAACAGGUAACAAGUUGACCCUUGAGACCAGACCAUCUAAAGAAGGGAUCGACAUCCGUCAGGAGCUCCUGCAGUUUCACUCCACGUAUUACUCCUCUAACCUCAUGGGAUUGUGUGUGUUAGGGAGAGAAUCAUUAGAUGAUUUGACCUCCAUGGUGGUGAAGCUGUUUGGAGAAGUGGAAAACAAGAACGUGCCUGUGCCAGAAUUCCCCGAGCAUCCCUUCCAGGAAGAACACCUCAGACAAUUCUACAAUGUGGUGCCUAUCAAAGACAUCCGGAACCUUUAUGUGACCUUCCCCAUCCCGGACCUACAGAAGUACUACAAGUCUAACCCUGGACAUUAUCUAGGACAUCUGAUUGGCCAUGAAGGACCUGGAAGUUUGUUGUCUGAGCUCAAAUCUAAAGGCUGGGUGAACACGCUUGUCGGAGGGCAAAAAGAAGGAGCCAGAGGAUUCAUGUUCUUUAUCAUCAAUGUGGACUUGACUGAAGAGGGCCUUUUGCACGUUGAGGACAUCAUCUUCCACAUGUUCCAAUACGUCCAGAAGCUGCGUACGGAGGGGCCUCAGGAGUGGGUGUUUGAUGAGUGCAAGGAUUUAAACAAAGUGGCCUUCAGGUUCAAGGACAAGGAGCGACCCCGAGGUUACACUUCCAAAGUGGCUGGUUUACUACAUUACUACCCCCUUGAAGAGGUUCUAGCAGCAGAGUACCUUUUGGAGGAUUUCAGACCAGAUCUGAUCCAGAUGGUGCUGGAUAAGCUGAGACCAGAACAUGUCAGGGUUGCAGUGGUGUCAAAGUCUUUUGAAGGUCAAACAGACAAGACAGAAGAAUGGUAUGGCACACAGUACAAACAGGAGGCCAUCACUGAAGAGACCAUCAAGAAAUGGGAAAAUGCGGACCUCAACGGCAAGUUCAAAUUACCCAUGAAAAAUGAGUUCAUCCCAACCAACUUCGAGAUCUACCCUCUUGAGAAAGACUCUCCAUCAGUACCCACUUUAAUCAAGGACACUGCCAUGAGCAAGGUGUGGUUCAAACAGGAUGACAAAUUCUUCCUGCCCAAGGCUUGUCUGAACUUUGAGUUCUUCAGUCGCUACCUAUACACAGAUCCCCUGCACUGCAACAUGACCUACUUGUUACUCAGGUUACUGAAGGAUGAUUUAAAAGAGUAUACAUAUGCAGCCCGCCUGGCCGGGCUGGUGUAUGGCGUAGCCUCAGGGAUGAAUGCCAUCCUCCUGUCUGUUAAAGGUUACAGUGACAAACAGCACAUCCUGCUGAAGAAGAUCAUUGAGAAAAUGGCCACCUUCGAGAUAGACGAGAGGCGCUUUGACAUCAUCAAAGAAGCGUACAUGAGGUCUUUGAAUAACUUCAGAGCCGAGCAGCCUCACCAGCACGCCAUGUACUACCUCCGCCUACUAAUGACUGAGGUUGCUUGGACCAAAGAUGAGCUCAGAGAGGCUCUGGAUGAUGUAACGCUCCCACGCCUCAAGGCCUUCAUACCUCAGCUCUUGUCACGGCUACAUAUUGAAACCCUUCUCCAUGGCAACAUCACCAAGGAGUCUGCUCUUGGCAUGAUGCAAAUGUUGGAGGACAAGCUCAUUGAGCACGCUCACACAAAGCCCCUCCUCCCGAGCCAACUGAUUCGCUACAGAGAGUUGCAGGUUCCAGACGGUGGCUGGUACGUUUAUCAGCAGAGGAACGAGGUGCACAACAAUUGUGGCAUUGAGAUUUACUACCAGACAGACAUGCAGUCGACCCACGACAACAUGCAGCUGGAGCUGUUCUGUCAGAUCAUCUCCGAGCCCUGCUUCAACACACUGAGAACCAAAGAACAGCUGGGAUACAUUGUGUUCAGUGGGCCCCGGCGGGCGAACGGCGUUCAAGGGCUGCGCUUUAUCAUCCAGUCGGAGAAAGCGCCCCACUACCUAGAGAGCCGCGUGGAGGCUUUCCUCUGCACCAUGGAGAAGGCUGUGGAGGAGAUGAACGAUGAAGCCUUCCAGAAACACAUCCAGGCCCUGGCCAUCCGCCGCCUGGACAAGCCCAAGAAACUGUCCGCUGAGUGCGCCAAGUACUGGGGCGAGAUCAUCUCUCAGCAGUAUAAUUUUGACAGAGAUAACAUUGAAGUGGCGUAUCUGAAGACUUUGACAAAAGAAAACAUCAUGGAGUUCUACAGAGAACGACUGACUGUCGAAGCCCCGAAGAGACACAAGGUGUCUGUGCACGUCCUGUCCAGAGAGAUGGACUCCUGUCCCGUUGUGGGAGAGUUCCCGGCUCAGAAUGAUGUCAACCUUGCUCCUGCUCCUUCUCUGCCACAGCCCACGUUGGUUGAGAACAUGACGGAGUUCAAGAGGAGCCUCCCUCUGUUCCCGCUCGUCAAACCUCACAUCAACUUCAUGGCUGCUAAGCUGUGAGCGAGGCCUGCAGGUGGACACGCAGACGGGGCGGCGGCGGGGAGGGAGCCUGCUCUGUUCAUCACACCCCCGCUCCUUCCCAUCAGGAAGACUUUAAUCUGACUGAGCCUGCAUGAGUGUGUGUGUGUGUGUGUGUGUGUUUGGCUGGGUGCAUGUGAGUGCGUGUGUGUGGCAGGCCGGAACCACUACAAGAAAAACAAACGCUUGUAUUUGAAUCACAAAUAGCCGUGGUCGUCGACGUAGCUGCGAUUAGAAUUCACGCCAGACUCACCACACGUUCAAGCCUCUGAAAGGAGCCACAACACUCACGCGCAUCACGACACUGUGUAGGUUGUCGUAGAGGAAAUAGAAACAAGCUAAAAAAAAAGACGAGGGGCCAGAUCCCUUUUUUAAAGAAUGUGUACUGCAGAAGCUUCACACUAGGAGGUGUUUUUAUUUGAAUAAUAAUUUGAGACGUGCUGCUUUGAGAAUGGAUAGCGGUGGUAUUGUGAUUAUGUGCAGGUGGACGACAGUAGCUCCAUGAAGGUCUUUUCUCUUUUUAUGUUUGCCAUGUAACCCUCGGAGGCUCCAGGUCGCUCCUGGAAAAACGUUAUCUCAAAAGACGCACUCGGUUGAACGGAACAUUUUGUUCAACCCGAAGAAUGUUUGCCUUAUAAUUCUGCUUUUAAUUCUUAUAAUAUUUGACAUUUCUUUGUUUGGAAACUGGUAAAAUGUUGGGAACCUUUGAGGAGCUGUUUUUAAUUUCACAGAGAAUCAUACCUGUAAAAAAUAGUUUUUAUUUUGUAUUGCAUUUUCCAGUAGUGUGUUAUCCAGACAUCUCAGGGUACCUCCAUGCUGUUUGUUUUUCUUUCUCAUUGAAUUUUAUUAGUGAAGAAUUAAAAUAUAAAACACUUUUAUCAGUC